CGAAGGAUGCCCUCAGUCUCGCGCAGAUGCAAGAGCAGACCUUGCAGCUGGAGCAGCAAACGAAGCUUAAGGAGUACGAAGCUGCCAUAGAACAACUGAAGAAUGAGCAGAUACGGGUACAAGCAGAAGAGAGACGGAAAACACUCAGUGAAGAAACAAAACAGCAUCAAGCACGAGCCCAAUACCAAGACAAAUUGGCAAGGCAGCGCUACGAGGAACAGAUGCGGCAGCAGCAACUUGCUAACGAAGAGAAUCUGCGGAAGCAGGAAGAAUCUGUACAGAAGCAGGAAGCCAUGAGGCGUGCUACUGUAGAGCGAGAGAUGGAGCUGCGGCAUAAGAAUGAAAUGCUGCGUGUGGAGGCAGAAGCAAGAGCCCGUGCCAAGGCUGAGCGGGAGAACGCAGACAUCAUCCGGGAGCAGAUCCGCUUAAAAGCUGCAGAACAUCGCCAAACAGUAUUGGAGUCCCUCAAGACAGCUGGGACGCUCUUUGGGGAAGGAUUCCGUGCUUUUGUAACAGACUGGGAUAAAGUUACAGCCACGGUGGCAGGCCUAACCCUGCUGGCAGUGGGCAUUUACUCUGCCAAGAAUGCCACAGCAGUAGCAGGGCGAUACAUAGAAGCACGUUUGGGCAAACCUUCCCUGGUGAGAGAAACCUCGCGCAUUACUGUGCUGGAGGCACUGAAGCAUCCUAUCAAGGUUGGUAAGCGUCUUACCAGCAAGGCCCAAGAUGCCCUUGAAGGAGUUGUUCUCAGUCCACAGUUAGAAGCACGUGUGAGAGACAUUGCCAUAGCAACAAGAAAUACAAAAAAGAACAAAAGCCUGUACAGGAAUAUUCUUAUGUACGGUCCCCCUGGCACUGGAAAGACACUCUUUGCCAAGAAAUUAGCCGUGCACUCGGGCAUGGAUUAUGCCAUCAUGACGGGUGGCGACGUGGCCCCUAUGGGGCGGGAGGGAGUUACUGCCAUGCACAAACUCUUCGACUGGGCAAACACCAGUAGGAGAGGCCUUCUGCUAUUUGUGGAUGAAGCAGAUGCGUUUCUGCGGAAGAGGGCAACGGAGAAAAUCAGUGAAGAUCUCAGAGCAACUUUAAAGCAUAGAACAGGAAAGCACAGCAACAAGUUUAUGCUUGUUUUAGCAAGCAACCAGCCUGAGCAAUUUGAUUGGGCUAUCAACGACCGAAUAGAUGAAAUGGUGAACUUUGAUCUGCCCCAGCUAGAAGAACGGGAGCGGCUGGUGAGAAUGUAUUUUGAUAGGCAUGUCCUGAAGCCAGCCACAGAGGGUAAACAACGUUUGAAGCUGGCCCAGUUUGACUAUGGGAAAAAGUGCUCGGAGAUUGCCAGGCUGACAGAGGGCAUGUCUGGCCGAGAGAUCUCGCAGCUUGCUGUGGCAUGGCAGGCUGCAGCUUAUGCGUCAGAGGAUGGUGUUCUUACAGAGGCCAUGAUCGAUGCCCGGGUCGCCGACGCUGCGCAGCAGCACAAACAGAAGAUGGAGUGGCUGCAAACGGAGGGUGCUGAAGCGAGCAAAGGGGCUGGCAGCAGCCCACUCCUGCCUUUCCCCAAAGGAACGCCAGUGUGAGAAGUCUGCAGGCUUCAGACCAGCGCGUGUGGGGAAGUGGGCACGGGAGGAAGCUGCGAGGGUCUUUUGGGCGGAUGUUUGGUGGAAUCGUGUGUUGAGAUGUGUGUCCGUUGGUGCAAGGGAGGGGGUACUGCCUCAGUCUGCCUUCGAUUUCAUGUUU